CGAGCGAACGACGAGGCACGCGCGUGCGCGCGUGCGCGCGUGGCGGACGCGAAAAGACGCGCGGCGCGGAGGAAGUGAAACGUGUCCCGUGCACCUCUGCUUGACAGUUAUGGCAUGCGUCGCGAGACGAGUUGGUGGUGGAAAAGGGUAGCCGACUGUGUGUGUGUGGGGUCGCUGGAUGGGUAGCGGAGCUCUCGUGCCUCGGCAGCCAUGAGCGCAGACGAGGAGAAGAAGCCGGGGGCGGUUCGAGCGCGACCUCUGAGCAGCGCUGGGCUCCCGGACUUCAUGAAGGACACGACGAGAAGUACUAUUACGCCAAGUGAGGAUAAUGAGGAAGCUCAAGGACCCUUGAAAAUGAUAAAUUCACUGUGGUCUUCCUUCCAACGGAAGCUUUCCAAGAACAGCGAAUGUCCAUCAGGUGGCCGAGACAAACUGGAGGUGUCUCCUCCCAUUACCCCAUCUGUACCAAAAGUUCUGGCAAGAAAGCCCACCUCUCACUCUUGCUCAUCCAGCGGGCACUUCUUUGAGUACCUUGUGGUGGUAAGCCUCCAGAAGAAGGGGGAUGGUACCUAUGGGCCAAAAAUCACAUAUCAGUUCCCCAAGCGUGAAGGCAUGGUGAAGUUCCAAAUGGAGGAAGAGCAGAAGACACUGAAGGCAAUCACCCUCUUCUGCUUUCCGGAGGGGGUCAAAUGGGCACCUCUGACAGAAUACCGCAGUGAGACCUUCUCCUUUGUCCUAACAGAGAUUGAUGGCAGCAGGAAAAACGGCUACUGCAGGAGGCUGCUGCCCCAAGGUAAAGGAGCCCGCUCUCCAGAGGCCUACUGCAUCAUCAGCCAAUUGGCCUGUUUUGGGCUGUUCUCUAAGAUAUUUGAUGAAGUGGAGAAGCGGCGGCAGAUAUCUAUGGCGAUGAUAUACCCAUUCAUGCAGAGUCUUCGAGAGGCACAGUUUCCUGCCCCGGGGGAGACUGUAAGGAUCAAGAGCUUCAUCCCUGAGUCAGGCACUGAGACCAUUGUGCUGACACGGCCAUUGGAUUCCUGGCUAGAGCACGUCGACUUCCGCACCCUCUUUCGGUGCCUCCAGGAUGAGCAUGCAGUACAGGUGUUUGCAGCUGCUGUCUUGGAGAGACGCAUCAUCUUUGUCGCGGAGGAACUCAGCACGUUGUCCCAGGUGAUUCAUGCCGUAGUGGCCCUGCUCUACCCCUUCAGCUGGCAGCACACCUUCAUCUCCAUCGUUCCAGAGAUUCUCAUUGAUGUUGUCAUGGCACCCACUCCGUAUCUACUAGGAGUGCAGAAACAUCUCUUGGACUUUGUCACAGAUCAGAGUGAUCUACUCAUUGUGGAUUUGUGUGAAGGUGCAGCAAACCCUUUCAUCACGAGCAUUGGCGAUGAACGGGACAUCCUACCCCCAAAACUGCAGGAGGACAUUUUUGAGGCAUUAAGUACCAAGAAUCACAAUUCAACGGCCGAGGAAUUCAACAAGAUUGUCUCGGAUGCCUUUCUAUCCUUCUUUGUGAAGACGGUUGGUCACUUUGCUGGAUUCAUCAGGCGCAAAAGAGACGGACACCCAGGCGUCUUUGACAAGCAGGGCUUCUGCAAGGCUGUCGAGUCGAAAAACACCCGCAAGUUUGUGGAGAAGUUCAUCAAGACACAGAUGUUUGACGUGUUCAUCCAGGAGGCAGAGCAGCAGUCUCAUACACAGGAAGGAUUUUUCCAAAAAAAGAUAGCUGAAAACCUAGAGAAGAAGAAAUUAAUUCCCAGGAAAUUAUAGAAAAAAGACUUUAAAGGGUGACUAAGCUUGCAGAGGUCAGUAUUUUGUAAAUACAGUUUUACUUUUAAAGAAGUGCCACAGUUUUUGGCAGGGGUGGUGGGGCAGUGGUUCUUUGCUGAUAAAUUCCACUUUAUUUGUGUAUUGGACAGCCUCACCUUCCACAUUUGGACUUGUUUGUGUGGUAUUUUUAAAGUGUUAAAGAUUUAAGCUAAACAUAUCACUAAUAAAACUGCUUGGUAGCUUACUAAAAAAAUGUUGGUGGUUCUUUUAUACCAGGUGGUAGAAUGAAAUAAUACAAUAGGUACUUCCUGUCUAAUAAAAGCUGCAAGUGACAGUACUGAUGUGGGCAUGUACCAGAGGACAUGACUACAGUUCCUGUUGCUUUUCACAGCUCCUCUUGUUCCUGAGAUCAGGGCACAUUGUUCAGUGCAUAAGUGUGUUAAAGUGCUAUAAUAAAGCUGGAGUGUCAGUGUGAUACUGGCCCCACCAGUUAGUGACAUUCUCACCGGUACAUGAUGCCUAAUACCUGGGAGUAUGUAGCAUUUAAAAUGGCAAAACAAGUUCAGUUUAUCCAAAGCAGAAGUGUGGGGGGGGGGGGG